AUGGGGUCGCAUCACCAAACCACAGAUGCCUUCAGCGCCAUUCCUCUCCCACCCACCCAGUUACAUUCACGCCCUACGACAAACACAAACACAUCACUCCAAGCCGCCACAACCCCCACCAACGGAUACUUUACACCCUUGCCGGAGCAACCAGAGACUAGUGUCGUCAAGAAGGAAGCCAAGACACCAAAGGCGAAGAAGGAUGGCGAGCCACCCAAGGUCGGAAAGAAACGAGGCCAGUACAAGAAGACUAUUCUUCGGAAACAGGCCGAGGCCGAGGCUGCUGCAGCCGCAGCCGCCGCAGCCGCGGCCGCAGCAGCAGGGGUGCCUUAUAUUACCCCCCGCCCUUUGAGUCCGAUCGCUUCAACAAGGCUCCAGCCGACAAAACUUCACACGACAUCAUUACCGAGAUCAGGGACGGCAAGCCAUUCAUCGACGAUCGAAAGCCUUGCCAUCAAGUCGCAAAAGUCCCGGCACGAUAUUCCUGCGGAUCGCACAGCUCUGGAGAUGGAGCAGGAGCUUGCCAUGCUUGCAGAAGAGGCGGAAGAGGAUAGGAUACGUAGAGAGGAGGAGGCUGCGGAUCGAAUCCUGAAACGAGCGCAGGUUGUCAAGCAUCUUCGAUCACUCAAGUCCAAGCUGGCGACGGCACAGAUUCAAAUCGGGCAUGACCUGCACUACCAGAGUGUUGAUCUCUUCUCACAGCUCUACGACGAGGUUCUUGAGGAUAUCGGGAAGAACAACUCGGAGAUGAUGGACCUCCUAAAGAGCGCACGCGAGCAGGACGGAGAGCCACAGUCGGACCAGGAAGAGUUGACUCAUAGUCACCCAGGACAUAUGCUGACACGAUCUUCGGACAGACCCAAGAAGCAAGAUCUUAUCGCUUCACUAUCCUCCCCUGCCCCCUUCCCUUCCCGGAGUCAGUUCUCGGAUUCGCACAGUAGCUCAGCCCGAAGGCUGGAAUUUGAGGGCGGCUUCGAUGACGAUGGCGUGAAGCUCAAGAGAUAUCGGCGAGGGAGGAGCGAUGGUCACUUCAUUGGCCAGUCAUGGGAUGUCGGUUCGGGACAAGAAAACGGAUCUGUUGGAGCCAAGGCGAUGACGUUGGUUAGUUCGAGAUCGAAGCACCAGGACACUGAUGGCUCAAGCAAGCCGAAGGUUUAUCAGCUGGAGGAUGACGACACUGACGAUGAUGAUGACGAGGGACAUAGAGAGGUUGGUAUGCCAACGCCAAAGAGGCAGUGCGUCCUCGGACCAAGAACACGUGAGGAGCUGCAACUUCGGCAGCGUCGAGAGCUGGAAGAGCUGCAGGCACAGCAACGCCAGGAUCAGGAGGAGUUUCAGCGGAAGCAGUUGGAUCAGCUUCGGGAGUUGCAGGAAAAGCACAACGAGGAGUUUCACAAGUUUGAGGCGGCCAAGGCGAAGGUGUACCAGGAGCACCUGGAUGGACUCGCAGAGAAGCGCCUCAAGAUCAGUCGGUCACAAUACCACCGCACCCACCAUGGAACACCUACUCGUCCAAAACAAAAGUCGGCCUACUCCUCCUCGUCCCUCGCAUACGAGUUUGAGAGCGGUUUCGACGCAUACAGCAGCGAUGCCUCGUCAUCUCCGUCCCGGUCGCCAUCUCCUCCGCCUCGACAUAUUUCACAGCAGCCUCAACAGUCCCAUCCGUCCAUGAAAACAUUUUCAUCGGUCAUGGAGCAGUCGCACACAGACAGGAGCACAUUCUCGCCUGUGCCUGUGGUGAAUACCCCGAGGGCACCCAAGACACCCAGUAGCGUUCACCAGCUUCCCAUGUCGACCAUGACGAUAGCAUUGGCGGCGAUGAACGAGAAGAAGAAGCAACUGAAGCGGGCCAACAAGAAGCAGAGCGAGUACGAAAGAGCAGCGGACUUGUCCGAGAACGGAGGCUAUUCCGGUGGCAGGCUCCAGAGUCCGCCUAUUUGGAGUCAGAAGCGAGGGGCUGAGGAGGAGGAGAGAGUCGAGGUUAAACGGCGGGCAUCAGUUGUCAGCACAACAUCGGAGUCCCAUUCGUCCACCACCACCACCACCACCAACUCACGUCACACUCAGCAUUCAACAGAGCAACAUCUCCAUUCAGGACUACAGCAAGGAUCGCACAGAUCCAUCGACCAGUCUUCACCAUUUGCUGACCAAACUGAAUUGCCACAGACGCCGACACCCAAGGCCCGCGGCAGGAAGCGCAAGAAUACCCAAGCUACCAGAGUGGUUCCAAAUGACCAAGACGAUUCUUCUCAGGAGACACCAUCAAAGACGCCUAUUGACUUUAACAAGGAGCUGCUGAGUCACUUUGACAACUGGAAGCCUGACGAGAAGACGGAACACUUCUUCGACUUGGUGCUGAGCGACCCACCCGAGACCCAUGUUGGCGAGGCCGACGUGGAAGGAUUGCUGAGUGGUGGACGGCGACCAUCCGAGGGUGCAUCAGGCGUUCAGGAAGCGAACGCGACUCCGACAUCCAAUGCCUUCCGGUGGUAUCAAGAGCAGCAGAGACUGGCGGACGAAUUGGCGCAGCACCCCAAGAUGACACCUAUGCGGCUCAAUGGCGAAACUGGCAAAGGGGCCACCAUCCCUGCAGUAUCUUCCCCCAUGUCUGUCGCUGGCGACCAGACUCACGGUGGAUCACCCUUUGCCCAGGGACUUGUACCCGGUGAGGAUCCGCUGGCGGCCUUUAUCGAGCCAGGCAAGAAAACGCGUCAAGUUCGAGGGACCUCGAGUCAUGACCACAACAAAAAUGGACGAAACACCCCAUCCACAAGCGAAGGUCAGCAUGGCGGCGUCUGUGUCGGCGGUAGCAGUCAAGGAGGCCAGAGUCACUUUAUUACAGAUUCAUCCCCUUUCCUGGAGAGCUCACCGAUGUCGAUGCUCUUCUCCGAGGACGGAGCAGACGACUGGAACUUUGGCGCAUUCACGACCAACGCGACGGACGAGUAUCUGAACACCGACUUCUUGCAGAAUAAAUUCAUUCAUUGA